CAAUUUGGUAUGUCCCACUUCCGGUUCUUCCGACAACAACCCAGUGCACAUGUAUCUCCGUUUGUGGUGACUUUCCGUGCUUUUACAGUCAGAUAAAUAAGUAAUUGGUGGGUGAAGUGAUUCUGAAAGAGGAGCUAUGGGUAAGAAGAAGGCUGGAGGAGCACUUGGCAGAGCUCUGAUAAAAGAAAAAUUUCAAUCAACCCGAGGCAACAAGAAGGGCGACACAUGGCUGCAUACCAGUGAACUGAAUGAUGGCUAUGACUGGGGACGGUUGAACCUGCAGUCAGUGACUGAACAGACUUCCAUGGAUGACUUUUUGGCUACUGCAGAAAUGGCAGGAACAGAGUUUGUAGCUGAAAAACUCAACAUCAAGUUUGUACCGGCAGAAGCUAGAGCAGGUUUAUUGACAGCUGAGGAGAAAAAAAGGCUGAAGAGUCUUCAUGAAGACAACAAGCAUUUUCUCAGAAUCCCUCGACGCCCCCAUUGGGAUGAAAGCACCAGCCCUGAGGCAUUGCAACAGGCAGAAAAGGACAGCUUCCUGGAGUGGAGAAGACAGCUUGCGCAGCUGGAAGAGGAACAGAAGUUGUUUCUUACUCCAUUUGAGAGGAAUUUGGAGUUCUGGAGGCAGCUGUGGAGAGUCAUUGAGAGAAGUGACGUUGUGGUACAGAUCGUGGAUGCAAGAAAUCCGUCAUUGUUCAGAUGUCCUGACCUGGAGUUAUACGUAAAAGAGGUGUCAGAGAAUAAGGUCAACAUGGUGCUGGUGAAUAAGGCAGACCUGCUGACCAGGCAGCAGAGGCGAGCCUGGGCCAGACAUUUUGAGAACGAAGGCCUGAGGGCAGUUUUUUGGUCCGCCCUCGCUGAAAGCAACAGGUUGGAUGCAGAAGAAAAGGGUGUGAAGGUGGAGCAGCCAGAAUCUGGAGAGAGUGACCAAGAUGAUGGAGCAAAGCCAGACAAUGACUUGAGCUUGAAGGGCGCAGAUGACAAGGAGGAUGAGGGGGAGGAGAGCGAUGACUGGGAGGAGCCGCAGGAGAGGAUAACCGUCGACGAUGAGGAGUGGUUUACUGCCUCAGAAGAUGAGUGGCAGGAAGAGGAGGAUAUUGUUGGGAAAUCCAACGAGGCCCCUUUCCGUAAUUCCGCUCGCCUGUUGCACAAGGACGAGUUGUUGGAGAUGUUCAAGAUGGUUCACGACGGGCCCAAAUAUAAAGAGGGACAACUUACCGUCGGCAUGGUUGGUUAUCCUAAUGUAGGGAAGAGUUCAACUAUCAACACCAUUCUAAGAAAUAAAAAAGUGUCCGUCUCUGCAACACCUGGACACACGAAGCACUUUCAGACUUUGUUUGUGGAGCCCGGGCUGUGCCUAUGUGACUGCCCUGGUCUGGUUAUGCCCUCCUUUGUCUCCACCAAAGCUGAAAUGAUCUGCUGUGGGAUCCUGCCCAUUGACCAGAUGAGAGACCAUGUACCGGCAGCCUCCCUCGUCUGCCAAACGAUCCCUCGGCAUGUCCUGGAGGGCACGUAUGGUAUCAACGUAAUCAGGCCACGAGAGGAUGAAGACCCUGACAGACACCCCACCUCGGAGGAGCUGCUUAUGGCAUAUGGAUACAUGAGAGGCUUUAUGACAUCACACGGCCAGCCUGAUCAGCCCCGAUCUGCUCGCUACAUCCUGAAGGAUUACGUCAAUGGAAAACUUCUCUACUGCCAUCCACCUCCUCACAUAGAGCCUGAGGACUUCCAGCCACAGCACAGCAAAUUCCAAAGAAACGAUCUUAACAACGGUGACCUUUCUUCGAGCGGUAACAAAGGAAAAAUCAAGAGAAUUGAAAAUCCGGUGGAUAAGAACUUCUUUCAUGUGGAGAAUGUACGAGCGUUGUCUAAAGGAGUCCAGGGUUUCAUGGGCUACAAACCAGGCUGCGGCAUCGUGGCCCCUGAAAAACCUGGAAAGGAGAUGACAGUAGGCAAACCUUGGAAGAAACACGGCAACAGGAACAAGAAGGAGAAAGUGCGUCGGCUUACCAAGCAUCUCGAUGCCUAAUCAUUCAAAAGAAAUGAAACACUCAUCUCAUAUAGAGAUUAAUCCCAACAGGAUGGCAAAACACUCAAAAUUGUUCUAUGAACGAGUCAAUAGUUGAGCGAAUCUGGAGGUCAGAAGGCUUUUUAAUGCUGAAGAUGCUUUGACGUUAGCUAAUGGCCUACAUCAGCAAUAUUGGACUGCUAUGGUUUGUUGGUCAACAUACGGAAUCAACCAUCAGUUAUAAAUCAGAGCACGAAGAUCAUGACUAAAAAUCAUAAAGUCUGGAUUUUUAUACUUUCACAAUAAUUUACAGUGGGCAAAAACUCCAUUCAACACAUAGAUCACCCUGUUUCUAUUGUACAGAACAUCCGAACAGAUAUGAAUUAUGUACCAAAUACAUUUUUGGGAUAAAAUUCUGAGAGUAUG